GAACCCCAAACAAAUGGUCGACUUGUUUCUCAUCUCGACGUUCGUUUUGUUGGAUAUCGCGUAAAAGUUAUUUUUAUCUUUUCCAAGUGCAAUUCAUAUCGUGUUUUAACCGUGCCUGUUCAUCCUUCUUCAACCAUGCUUCUGUAGCUCGGCCACAUCAUGGUUGACCGCGAAGGCGUUACGGUGUACAGUUCAUUGCCUUAUGUAAAACUCGAAAUGGUGAUUCUUCCGUGAGUGAGCGAAAACUAUCAGUGACCUAUGUGUUCGAAGUGAGUGUUUGUGUUAAAAGUGGUGCAUCAUGUCGAACUCGUCGGCUAUAGUGUUGAUGAAGAAGGGGAAGCGCGGCGCGGCGGCGUACAUCCACGCCGACUGCGCGAGCGGGGCGCCGCAGCACCUGGGCCCGCUGCUGGACGUGCUGCUCAACCCCAGCAAGACGCUGGACGACUGGGAGACGCUGGACUGGUGCCGCUGGCUCAUCGCCGGCGGCCGCACGCCGGACGAGUUCGCGUCCAUCGUCCGCAGCUACGACAAGCACGACAAGUGCGGCCUGGUGUGGAUCCCGCGCGUGGUGGCGUACCGCUGCCGGACGUGCGGCAUCUCGCCCUGCAUGAGCAUCUGCCGCGAGUGCUUCCACCGCGGGGACCACUCUACGCACGACUUCAACAUGUUCCUGUCGCAGGCGGGCGGCGCGUGCGACUGCGGGGACAACUCCGUCAUGAAGGAGGACGGGUUCUGCAGCAACCACCGCAACAAGGACCGGCCGGGCGCCGCGCCCGCCGACCUCAUGUGCGUGGCCGAGGCCAUGAUGCCGCGCCUCGUGCUGCGCCUGCUGCAGCACUUCCGGGAGAACAGCUGGGGCAGCUCGGCGUCCAAUUCUGAGCGGUACCGCGUGGCGGUGAGCGACUGCGAGAACUACGUGCAGAUGCUGAUGGAGUUCAACAAGAUGGGCGACCUGAUGAGGUCCGCCAUGACCAAGGCGCUUAUUAACCCACAGAUGUACCGCAACCUGGUGGACCCGCCGUUCCCGUGCACGCAGUACGGCUGCUACAUGGCGGAGUCGCGCACCAUGUACGACAAGGCGCUGGACGCCUUCCCCGCGCCCGACCCGCCGCUCGAAUACCGUCACCUGCCAGCGCUGGCGCCCCGACUCACACACAACACUCUGCUCGAGGAGUUCAUAUUCUGGACGUUCAAGUACGAGUUCCCGCAGAACGUGGUCUGCUUCCUGCUCAACAUGCUGCCAGAUCAGGACUAUAAGGAGCACCUGACCCGCACAUUCGUGAUGCACUACGCGCGCAUCCCGCUAGUCCUCGAAGCCGCCGCCGACCCCGACACCCUCUCCAACCGAGUGGUCCACAUGUCGGUCCAACUGUUCUCCAACGAAGCCCUAGCCCUGCGCUGCGUUCAACAACUACACUUACUACACGUCAUGGUGUUAAGUCUAAGACUCAUGAUGGGGAAAAUCCUAGUGCAGAACACCCUACAUGAUCCGGACAAGAAUUUCCACUACGUGAUAGAUUGUACAAGACGCGUGAUGAAAGAGCAUUGUUAUUGGCCGUUGGUGUCGGAUUUUAAUAAUGUGCUGUCACAUAAGAGUGUGGCGUUGCUGUUUCUGCAAGACGAUGCGCUGGUGGAUAUGUGGUUCGAGUUCUUGUCUAUGUUGCAAGGCAUGAACGUAAACGUGCGCGAAGUGGGCGGCCACAUCGAGUUCGAGCCUUCCUCCUACUACGCAGCCUUCUCCUGCGAGCUAGAAGCGGCCGCCUACCCGAUGUGGUCCGUGCUAGGGCACCUCACCUCGCCCGAGCAAGCCCCGCUGGCGAGACGGCUGAUAUCGGCUGCACUGACGUAUUUACAAGAGUGGCUUGACGCUGUUCAUUUUACCACGCCUACUUUGGAAAGGACGGAAGUGAUGCACGCGUCGUUCCACUUCCCCCUGCACCGGUACCUGGCGGCGUUCCUGUGCGCGGCCGUGAGGGGCAUGGGCGUGCGCGCCAGCGACGUGCUGCCCCCGCGCGACCUGCUGGCGCUGCUGGCCGUGCACCCGCUGCGCGUGCAGAGCCUCUUCUACGAAAUCCUAGCGGGCGUGUGGGUGCGCAACGGGCUGCAGAUCAAGGGGCAGGCGAUGACGUACAUCCAGGCCAACUUCUGCAACUCCAUGGUGGACAUCGACAUCUACUGGCUGCAGGUGUGCGCGGCCCAUCUGCCCGCCGACCAGUUCAUGGACAUGUGCAUUGAUCUGUUCGGCGUCCGCGAGUGGCUCAGCAUGGCGCCGAUGUCCGCGUCCGCGGCGGCCGAGCAGGACUCGCUGGUGGAGGGGCUGCUCACCUUCCUGGCCAUCCUCGUCUCCUCCAGGACCAACCUCAGCAACGACGAGCUGACCCAGUCGCGUCUCGAAGUGGCGACCCUCCUGGCGGGAGGCGACAAGACUCACUCUCAACUACUGGAGCUGAUGCCCGAGCGCUCCGGCAACGCGCACACCAGGAACUUCGAGCAUGUGCUGAAGGAGCUCUCCACCUACCGCCCGCCCCCCAAAGGCUCCGAAAACCUCGAGCAAGGACUCUUCGUGCCCCGGCCCGUGGUGUGGGAGCAGUACUACGAGCCGCUGCACGUGCUGCGCCGCGCCGUGCACCGGAGGGACUUCCACGCCUCCAUGGAGCGCUUCACCGAGUAUGUCCGCGAAAAGCAGAAAACGGAGUCCGGCGAUCAGCCCCGCCCCACCACAGAGCAGCCGCUGUGGCCCCCGCUGCGAGCCGCCCCCGCGCCCCCCGACCCCGCGCCUGACCCCCGCGUGUUGGCUGCUUCAGGAGUCCUCCACGGCGCGCUCCUAGCCGUCCUGCACCGGGGGGUGCACCGGCGCAGCGCGGACUGUCCCCCCCCGCACUGCCCCCCCGACCACGUGCUGGCGCUGGCGCUGUACCUGCUGCAGACCGCCGCCGACCUGGCCGCCGCCAGCCCCAGCCGCGACGUAUGCAUAGCGACGGGCGAAGGCGGUUCACGGUCGCCGUGCGUCUCAGGCCGGCCUCUGCUCAAGGCGUUCCCCGGAGCUUCGGUCUGUGACAACGCGCGCACUUACGUAGCGAGUGUACCUCGCGUCGUCGCGCCGCCGCCUACCCACCAUUACCCGGCGCAUUACCAUUCUGACAGCGACACAGAAUGGGAGCCAUCAGAGUCGGACUCGGGGCGCACGGCGCCUCCGGCCGGCUCGCUGCCCGCGACUAGCACCGCGCUCGCCGUGCCGCAGUCGCUAGAGAUGGCUCGAACCCAGGACGACUCAGAGAUGGACAGCCAGUCCGACGCCGGCGGCGACGCGCCACGGAUCAGGAGGGCUUUGGAGUUUGGUCCCGAGGAGGCGCACAUGGACAGCCUGGCGCUGGCGCUGCAGGACGAGGGCAUGGACACCGACGACGGGGGGCGUCCCACGCCGCAGAUACAGUACGACGUGUCGGACAUAAGCCCGACGUGGAGCGUGUCCCUGCGCGAGCGCCGCACGUCCGAGCCGGCCAGCGAGCAGCCGGCCACGCCGCCGCCGCAGAUGUCGAUCGAGCAGUCGCCCGAGCAGUCCGAAGACCAGUCGAUCCCCGUGAACGAGUCCAUCAUAUCGCUACUUCUCAAGCUACACUCGCAGCUGUCGGGGCGGCUAGACUCCUUCUCAUUGGACGAUGAGCCGCCGCCGACGGAUAAUGAGCAUAUUGGCGACGGCACGCACUUCACGGGGCGCCUGCUGCGGCGGCUGGGCGGGCUGGACGCGCGCUGCGCCGCCGCCAUCCAGCGCGCGCGGCGCUCGCUGUGGCCGCACGUGCGCGAGAAGCAGCACGAGCAGCAGGCCAGGUGUGUAUCCCCUCAGCCGCCGCGCCGGGUGUGUCACCUCUCAGAUGACAAUGCACGCUGCACUGCUUAA